CAAAGUUGGUGGAAGUUCAAAUGCUGCGCUACUGAAGUUGAUGGUCGUUUUCCGUUGGGCGUUAACGUAUAGGCCUUUUGAUGCUGGAGUCAAAAGGCUUACGCACUCAAGUGUCUACUUGUCACGUCUUCCAGACCACGACUCCAAGGAGCUUUUACAAAAUGCCCUUAAGGAUUUACGCUUAAUUGUAUCUGAAAUAAAACACAGUCUAUGUCCAGCUUUUCCAGCAUUCCAAGAUUUGCUACGCUAUCAGUUUGAAUCUCAGGGAAAGCUUGUUCGUCCAUUGCUUGUUACUCUCGCAGCAGCGUGCGCAAAUUCACACAUAGAAUGCAACACUCCCCUUAUUGUGAGGUAUGAUUCAUCUGUAUCAGGCCAUGCUAGGAAUCUGGCAUAUUUAGUCUCUCCCAAACAACAUGAGAUUGCCAAAAUCACAGAAAUGAUCCAUACAGCAAGUCUUAUCCACGAUGACUUGAUUGACUCAGCAUCUGUCCGAAGAGGGAAAACGUCGGCUUAUAAAGCCUUUGGACAUAGAGAGGCAAUUUUGGGAGGCGACUUCAUACUGACUCAUUCAUCUCGUUUAUUAGCCCAGAUAGGAGAUACUGGAGUGAUAGCUGUUCUUUCUCAAGUUAUUGAAGAUCUCAUUCAUGGCGAAAUGAUGCAGCUUGCACCCAACAGCGAUGAUGAUGAUAGAAGGUUUCAAACCUAUCUGACGAAAACCUACCGAAAAACAGCGAGUCUUAUUGCUAACAGCUGUAAAGCAGUUGCUAUGUUGACUGUUCCAACGCUAUCACAGCGGCACAUUGAUAAUAUGUACGAAUUUGGCAAACAUUUGGGAAUGGCAUUUCAAUUAAUCGAUGAUGUUUUGGACUUUGUAACUGAUGAGGCGAACCUGGGCAAACCUAGUGGGGCAGACCUACAAAUGGGUCUUGCAACGGGACCCGUGUUAUUUGCUGCCCAAAGAUAUCCUGAACUAAACGCCAUACUGCUGCGGCAAUUCAGUUUAGAUGGGGAUACUGAAAGAGCUCUAGAAUUAGUUAAACAGGUAACAGUACAGUGUUUGUUCCCCGGAAAUAUUUUUUGUCUCUGUACUUGGAACUUAUCAGUUGGAUGUAUCGUCAUUCAGCUUUUUCAUGUUCCCAUUCAAUUUCGAAUCAGAUGCCUAUUGUUCUAAAGAUUGGAUCCACUAUCUAAUGAUAGCUGCUAAUAAAAGUAUUGACUGACAUAAUUGUAUUUAGUGGGGAAAGUAGUAGGGUUUUUAGGUUAUACAUAUUCCGUUAGAUAUGCAGUUUUAAAAGUAUGGAGGCUUUUUAAUAUCGGUAUCUUCUAUUAUUGCAAAGCAUUUUAUUUCUGAUUGGCGAUUGGGAGUGAGGACAAACCCUCUCCUCCCCAAUUUUCACUCACACCUGGCAACCAGUCAAAUUGAAAUGGGAAAUACCAUUUGCACCAUCGUGAUCCGUAAUGGAAGUCCGAUGGAGUUGGUCAGACUCGAAUGUUAGCUGAAUUUCAUUUCCAGGCAGCUCAAAGAUGUUUAUUUCAAUUCAGGGAUUCUUUAUCAAGAAAGGCUCUUUUACAUGUUGCAGCGAAUUUCCUACAACGUGAUCGAUAAAAUCGUAUUUCCUCUAGUCAUAUCUUAUUUCACCCAUUUUCCUGUUCGUCUUUUUAGCCUUGAUUUUGAACAGUUUUACCUGUUUCUUUUUCCUGGUUUCAUCCACAAUACGAAAGUAACGGUACAUUACACUUAACUAAUAGAUAUUUAUCCUAAUUGGUAUUUUCAUUCUACUCUUAUUACUUUGUUACCUAGUUUAUACAUUAAUAUGCAGAAAAAGAUACUUCCGUGAUAUCUUUAAAUAAUUUGCCUUUGUUGACAUAUUAGUACUAGUCUGUAAUUUAUUUCGAUAACCGCUCAACCAGAUUGCUAUUUUUUCAGAACUGGUCUUUCAGCGUUUGUUCCUAAAAUUAGCACAUGUCAAAUAUAUAUCUAUUGUAAACA